CGGUGUCGCAGCGAUGGUGCAGGAGUCCAGUCUACUAUUGGACAAGUGGAUCUGCAAGUGACUCUUUGGCAGACAACUGAUACCUGGAACUUGGCAAAGGUGCAAGGAACCUCUAUUCGCAACAUUGUAUCUGACUUUGUUUCCCAGCACAAUGAUGGUCAACCUAGAACAGAGAGCAGUGACCAAACCUUGCUCGUGUUUGCAGAUGAAUGCAAGGGUCCAAACUGUGCCUCCAUUGUGGGGCAUCCUAAUGAGUGCCAAGCACUCUUUGAGCUUGAAGAAUCAUUUAAACCAGUUCCCCUGGGCUUCAAGAUUGCCUGGUAUGUUGUCAUUGCACUGAUCAUUGCCACAUCAGCUGCACGACUGCCACUGCAAGCAAUGUGUACAACAAAUGGAUCAAAGGGGACCAAGGAGGCGAAGGAAACAAACCAAGCAGAGAUGGAUGAGGGCAAUGCUGCCCAGAAAAUUAUUCCUGUUCGCACCAAGAUUUGCUCUGUGAAGAACCUGUCUGUAGUCACUGCGGAAAAGGGAUUCAAAGUUCUCCAGGACGUCCACCUACAGAUCAACUCAAGUUCUGUCAUUGGGUUACUUGGUAGAUCAGGAUCAGGAAAGUCCACGCUCCUGUCUGCUUUGAGUCGACAGAAACUUCAUAGUCUGCGAGUUUCAGGGGGGCAAAUUGAAAUGCAAUGCCCUGAUGGUGAUGUUGCCUUUCUUCGCCAAUCAGAUUCUGUCCAGAUGGAGAACAUGACGGCCUCGUCAUUCCUGGAAACCACUGCCUCAAUCUAUGGGGCAGACAACAAACGGGUAGAUGACUGUGCAGAAAUGGUAAAGAAGCUCUAUUGCAGAGUGGAGCAAUCAGGCCUGAAUCCAUUUACUGAUACCAAGAUUAAGAACCUUAGUGGUGGCCAGAGGCGGAUUCUUGCCAUUGCCACCACUCUACUUUUGACACCGCAAUUGGUUCUUCUUGAUGAACCACUCAGUGGUCUGGAUGAUGCCUCUUCACUUCAGGUUAUGGAGUUUGUGCAGUUCCUUUCGAAUAAGUACAGUUGUGCUGUCAUCCUUUCUCUGCACAACCCAUCAGAGGAAGUUCUGCAAUACCUUGACAGAGUUGUUGUGAUGGACAAUGGUUAUGUCAGGAUGCAGAGAGACUGUAUGGCUAACAGAGCCUUUGCAACAGACUUUCGUCGUGAGCUGGGCUCCAUGAUGUCUGGGUUUCUGGAACAUUCCAACAGAAGCAAUACUUCAGAAAACAAGCUAAGAAUUGUAAGCAUGACAGGGAAAGGCUCAAUGAUUGAACAGUCCGGGCCAAGAUCGGCCAUUGAUUUAGACACCACCUUUGAUUUGGAUGCUGUUGAUGAGACAGAGAGAGAACAACAAGAGAUUUCAGUGUCUACAGCAUGGGAGGAGAACUCUGUUCCAUGCUUCUCAAAAACGCCACCUGCAGUAUCAACUGAAGAGGAAGGAACAAAAAAGAAGCCAAAGGCGAGUGGCUGGAACAAUUUCCUUGGCUUUUUCAGCAAGACAGCAUUCCUAUGCCGGCGUCUCCAUGCGAACUAUGGGUCGGACCCUGCAGAUCUACUGACACUCCCAAUAAUUCUGAUGCUCUUUGCCAUGGUGUUGCGUUUUGACGGAGGAUCACCCAUUCAAGAGGUCUUGGUAUCAACCUUCUAUAUUGGGAUUCCUGUUAACCUGUUCCGGCACAAGAUCCACCUCUCUUGCAAGAUGUGGUCAGCUCAUAAGGUGGAAAUGGAUGAUCAAAGAAUUUCUUUGCUUUCCUACCAGCUUGCCACCCAGACAUUUUCUUUUGCAGCACCGCUCAUCUCUCUUAUUGUGGCCCAUAUUCUUGGCUAUGCUGUCCUUGGCUGGUCCUUCGAGUCACUUGCUGUGCAAAUACUCUUCUCGGCAGUUCAUCUCUUGGUGGCCUUGCAGCUUGGCCGGACUAUCUGUGUAUUCUUCCGUGGAGACUACCGCAAGUUCAGCAAGUUCUACUCUGUGUUUAUCUUUCUCUGCUUUCUGUUUGGUGGUCUGUUGGUUCCAUCCAGGCAGCUUCCACCAUGGCUCUCUUGGAUGUACGUGUUUUCCUUCACAUUCUGGGCCAUUUCAGGAGGAGCACUCAACAUUCUUCAGUACCAUGGCUCAGAAGAGUACUGUGGUGAUGCUCUGUCCUGCAUUGCCACGGAUGGAUCAUUCAUUGCUCGGUACACAGGAUUUGCCCCUGUCUCAACAGAGCACCUGGCUUUGCAGGUCUUGACGAUAUGGUUUGUGGUUCUGGCUGUUGUGGAAUAUCUACUCUUAUGCCAUCGCUGCAGCGCCUCUGCCAGUUCCGGGACCAGUGAAGGAACCAACACAAAGCCAUUUACUUCAAGGAUCAAGUCAAGGUGA